AUGUUUCCUUCUAGCAGCAGCGCUAGUAAUUACCAGCUGCCUUUUCCCUGUGAUACCAACCAGCAGCCGCAGCUGCUCGAAAAGUCCUCUACAAAUAUCAUUGAUCAACAUGGUCAUGAAAACCCUAACUCAAUAUCACAUGAUGACCAUCAUCUUCGUCAGUACUAUUCACACUACUCUGAAGAUCAUCAGCAGCAGGCACCUAAUAAUUUUCUUGAACACGACGGGCUGCUUUUGAGCUACUUGCUAUCUCAGCAGCAGCUCUUGGUUGGCAGCUCCAGUCCCAAUAUGAACAGUGCUACUUCUCAUCAUGUUCAAGUUCAUGAUACUACUGAAAUCAGCGUUGUGGCUUCCAAUUCAAACAAAAAUGUAAUGGAUCGUGUUGACGAGGGUCGGACUGCCCCAGCUGCAACUUCGAAAGGGUGCUCUUCAAAGAAGAAGAGUAAUACAUCAAAUGGAGAAGCAAGAACGCGAAGGCUCCUCGAAAGAGAUCAAGCGGGAAUAAAGACAGGCACAGCAAGAUCUACACAGCUCAAGGCCCAAGAGACCGCAGAAUGA